UCAGAUGAGAGUGACAUUGACAUACGUAUAGUCAAUGAUGAACAUUUUUGAUAUGAUCUGGUGCUGUUGAACUGAGGAUGGGUAAUGAGUGGAGGUCACUGUGUUGUAACCACUGGACUAGCCAGGAUGCCAGAGUAGCUUGCAGGCAACUUGGACACUCUGCUGAUGGUGGCCAUCGACUAUGGAGGUUUAAAGCUGAGAAUGAUGCUCAGUACUGGAUGGAUUCAUGUUUAACUGUGAUGGAGACGAAGAGUAUCUGUUUGCCUGUACUCACCUAGGGUUCACGGAUGAGGAUAAUGAAUGCAAGAAAGGAGUCAGGGCUUGGGGUGACUUGCCUUGCAGCCUUAGAGUGGUGCACUGUAUGAAAACUGAUCUCCAAUUUAUCAGUACUAUAAUAAUUAUACGUGCACAAACAACACACAUACUAGUUGACAUCGGUCAACAUUUAUAGUUACACAACUGUUGUCUUCUCUGUAACCCCA